AUGUCUUCUUCUUCUUCGUCACAUCAUAAUCAACGUUUGGUGUUUAUCUCAUAUCCAGAAGGUUUAAUUCAAGAAUCAAAUUUCACACUUGAAACCAUUGAUUCACCACCAAAGCCAAGUAAACCUUCGGAAGUGGUGGUCCGAUUACUUCAUCUCUCUGUGGACCCCUACAUGAGAAUGAGAAUGAAUAGAAAUGUCCCUAAAGGUUACUUUGCUCCCUUCUCAUUAGGAGAACCAUUGAAUGGUGGUGUGGUGGCUCGUGUUGAACAAGUCUUUACCGAUGAACCAUCAUCCUCAUCCUCAUCAACAAACUUUCAAGUGGGAGAUUUAGUGUUAGGUGUUCUUCCAUGGAUUCUUGAACAAGUCGUUGAUACUGUGACAACUCCAUUAAGACGUCUCGAUCCCAACGCUUUUCAAGACAUUCCAAAGAGCUUCUUUUUAGGUGCAUUGGGAAUGCCAGGACUCACUGCCUAUUUUGGAUUAUUGGAAAUUUGUCAACCCAAAGCACAUGAAACAGUGGUGGUGAGUGCUGCUUCUGGAGCAGUUGGAAGCAUUGUUGGACAAAUUGCAAAACAUGUGAUUGGAUGUAAACGAGUCGUUGGAAUUAGUGGACAAACCUCCCCUGAAGUGAUUCAACAAUUAAGGGAAAAUGGUUUUGAUGAAAUUCUCAAUUACAAAGAUUACAAUAAUAAUGUGGAACAAUUGAAACAAGCCCUUGAGAAGGCAUGUCCAGAAGGAAUUGAUUGCUAUUUUGAAAAUGUUGGUGGUUUCGUUCAAGAUGUUGUCACUCUUUGUAUGAACAAAUUUGGAAGAAUUGCAUUUUGUGGUGCCAUUAGUUCUUACAAUAAUAAUUUACCAAGUGGAGAAUCUACCAACACCACAACUUCCGAACUUGAACAGAAAUAUGGUCUCGGUCUUCGUUUAACAAGUAUUCAUGUCGUUCGAGAACUGAGAACUCAAGGAUUUCUUGUCAAUUCCUAUUCCAAACAAUUUGGAGAAGCCACACAAAAGUUAGUACAGUGGUAUCGUGAAGGUCAAUUAAAAGUAUUCGAAACAAAGGAAAAGGGAAUGCAUCGAAUUCCACAUGCCAUGCAAAGAUUAUUCACUGGAGAAAAGACAGGAAAGGUUGUUGUGGAUUUGGAGUACUAG